AUAUCUUCAAUAGGGGUAUAAGAAAUAUUUGAUAUAUUAAAUUCUUAGCACAUUGUGUGAUGUGCUUGUGAAUAUAAAUGUAUGUUUACAUAUAGUUAGUGUAAAACAUUUACUGUAGGAUGGGUCAGGUGCCAUGGAGACGUACAUACUGGAGCCUAUGACAGAAUAGAAUUCUUUUUCAGAAUAGAAUUCAUUACAUCAUCAAGUUAAAGUCAGUGGGGAGAAGCACUGGAUUUCAUUUGUAAACCAAGACACCGUGAGCGGUCAGCAAGAGCGAGCUACUGCUAGCAAUUAUUUCACAUUUCGAACUUUACAAUCUAUAUUUUACAGCUUUCUCUUUGGAAAGUGUUCCAGUCUCAGAGAGUUGCUUACUUCGUGCCUGCUACAAACACAUCACGACAUGCACCAUGGUCUCCUACCUCAAUCCCACCCUAGUUCUACCUCAGCCACCCCAUUUCUACCCCACAUCCCACCCCAUCCAGCCACCCCAUUUCUACCCCUCAUCCCACCCUGUCAUGCCACCCCAAUACUACCCCUCAUCCCACCCCAUCCUACCACCCCACUUCUACCCCCCACCCUCAGUGAUGAAACAACACCACUCCUUCAUCCCAUCUGUCCAGCAGCAGUAUCCGACGGCCACACCUUCUGGAUUUUAUCACCAUGAUGAGUACAUGUGCAAUGGAGUGUAUUAUUCCACUCCCCAGCCUCCUCAGCACACCUGGCCACUUCUGGCAAAAAAGGAGCUCACGGUGUGUGAAGAUGGCAGUAUGAUCCCUCCUCGGGCUACUGCCACUGACGUGCUCACAUUUGAUGAACAAGUGGCACCUGUGUCCACAUCACCGCAUGUGUCAGAUCUUGAGUGUCAGCUCACCUCCGAUCUGUCUCCUGACCAAAGCAGAGAUGAAGUGUCUCCAUCCAUACCCACAACUCCUUCACCUCUCACAGGGGGUGAGAUUAUGGAGGCAGAGGAGCCCGAGACGUCCACAGCCCCAACUCCUUCACCUCUCACAGGGGGUGAAAUUAUGGAGGCAGAGGAGGCCGAGACAUCCACAGUCCCAACUCCUUCAAUUCCCACUUGGGCUGAGAUUAUGGAGGCAGAGGAGGAAGAGACGUCCACAGCCCCCACUCCUACACCUCGCACAUUGGGUGUGAUUAUGGAGGAAGAGGAGGAAGAGACAUCCACAGCCCCCACUCCUACACCUCGCACAUUGGGUGUGAUUAUGGAGGAAGAGGAGGAAGAGACAUCCACAGCCCCCACUCCUACACCUCGCACAUUGGGUGUGAUUAUGGAGGAAGAGGUGGAAGAGGAGGAAGAGAUGUCCACAGUUCCAACUCCUACACCUCUCACUUGGGCUAAGGUUAUUGAGGCAGAGGAGGCAGGGACCUCCACAGUCCCAACUCCUUCAAUUCCCACUUGGGCUAUUAUGGAGGAAGAUGAGGAAGAGACAUCCACAGCCCCCACUCCUACAGCUCGCACAUUGGGUGUGAUUAUGGAGGAAGAGGAGGAAGAGGAGGAAGAGACGUCCACAGCCCCCUCUCCUACACCUCACACAUUGGGUGUGAUUAUGGAAGAAGAGGAGGAAGAGACAUCCACAACCCCCACUCCUACACCGUGCACAUUGGGUGUGAUUAUGGAGGAAGAGGAGGCAGAGACCUCCACAGUCUCAACUCAUCCACCUCUCACAGGGGGUGAGACUAUGGAGGCAGAGGAGGCCGAGACGUCCACAGCCCCAACUCCUUCACCUCUCACAGGGGGUGAGAUUAUGGAGGCAGAGGAGGCCGAGACGUCCACAGCUCCAACUCCUUCACCUCUCACAGGGGGUGAGAUUAUGGAGGCAGAGGAGCCCGAGACGUCCACAGCCCCAACUCCUUCACCUAUCACAGGGGGUGAGAUUAUGGAGGCAGAGGAGGCCGAGAUGUCCACAGCCCCAACUCCUUCACCUCUCACAGGGGGUGAAAUUAUGGAGGCAGAGGAGGCCGAGACAUCCACAGUCCCAACUCCUUCAAUUCCCACUUGGGCUGAGAUUAUGGAGGCAGAGGAGGAAGAGACGUCCACAGCCCCCACUCCUACACCUCGUGCAUUGGGUGUGAUUAUGGAGGAAGAGGAGGAAGAGACGUCCACAGCCCCCACUCCUACAGCUCGCACAUUGGGUGUGAUUAUGGAGGAAGAGGUGGAAGAGGAGGCCGAGACGUCCACAGCUCCAACUCCUUCACCUCUCACAGGGGGUGAGAUUAUGGAGGCAGAGGAGGCCGAGACAUCCACAGCUCCAACUCCUUCACCUCUCACAAGGGGUGAGAUUAUGGAGGCAGAGGAGCCCGAGACAUCCACAGCCCCAACUCCUUCACCUAUCACAGGGGGUGAGAUUAUGGAGGCAGAGGAGGCCGAGAUGUCCACAGCCCCAACUCCUUCACCUCUUAAAGGGGGUGAGAUUAUGGAGGCAGAGGAGCCAGAGACAUCCACAGCCUCAACUCCUUCACCUUUCACAGGGGGUGAAAUUAUGGAGGCAGAGGAGGCAGAGACCUCCACAGUCCCAACUCCUUCAAUUCCCACUUGGGCUGAGGUUAUGGAGGCAGAGGAGGGAGAGACCUCCACAGUCCCAAAUCCUACACCUCUCACUUGGGCUGAGGUUAUGGAGGCAGAGGAGGCAGAGACCUCCACAGUCCCAACUCCUUCAAUUCCCACUUGGGCUGAGGUUAUGGAGGCAGAGGAGGGAGAGACCUCCACAGUCCCAAAUCCUACACCUCUCACUUGGGCUGAGGUUAUGGAGGCAGAGGAGGCAGAGACCUCCACAGUCCCAACUCCUUCAAUUCCCACUUGGGCUGAGAUUAUGGAGGCAGAGGUGGAAGAGACGUCCACAGCCCCCACUCCUACACCUCGCACAUUGGGUGUGAUUAUGGAGGAAGAGGAGGAAGAGACUUCCACAGUCCCCGCUCCUACACCGUGCACGUUGGGUGUGAUUAUGGAGGAAGAGGAGGAAGAGAUGUCCACAGCCCCCACUCCUACACCUUGCAUAUUGGGUGUGAUUAUGGAGGAAGAGGAGGAAGAGACGUCCACAGCCCCCACUCGUACACCUCACACAUUGGGUGUGAUUAUGGAGGAAGAGACGUCCACAGCCCCCACUCCUACACCGUGCACAUUAGGUGUGAUUAUGGAGGAAGAGGAGGAAGAGCCGUCCACAGCCCCCACUCCUACACCAUGCACAUUGGGUGUGAUUAUGGAGGAAGAGGAGGAAGAGACGUCCACAGCCCCCACUCCUACACCGUGCACAUUGGGUGUGAUUAUGGAGGAAGAGACGUCCACAGCCCCCACUCCUACGCCUCGCACAUUGGGUAUGAUUAUGGAGGAAGAGGAGGAAGAGACCCCCACAGUCCCAACUCCUACACCUCUCACAGGGGGCGAGAUUAUGGAGAAAUAGGAGGCAGAGACACCCACAGCCCCCACUCCUUCACCUCUCACAUUGGGUGAAAAGGCAGCGACAUCCACAGUCCCAACUCCUACACCUUUAACGUGGGCUAAUAUAGUGAAAAAGUUUGCGAGUCCGACUGAGGAGGUUAAAAAGAAGAAGCUCAAAGAGUUCAAGAAGACGCAGACUUCCAGCCAGUGGCUGCCAGAUCAACCAGUGGCUGCCGAAACCAAGAAGUUCCCUGUGGACAAGUCUCGCCACAAAAAAAACACCAAGGUACAACAUUAAAUUCUGGCUGCAGAUCACAGGCCUGAGAGGACAUGCCUUUGUGUCCAUAUUUGGAAAUGUGGGUGUGUCUGUGUGUUUGUCUGUGGAUGGAAAUGUUGGCAUGUCUGUUGGGGACUUUGGAAGUUGAGAACAUCAAAAAGUAUAACUGUGUGUACAUGUUUGUAUAUAUCUCAUAUACAACUGAGGAUACCACAUAUACAACUGAGCAGUUGAGGGGCUGCCAGAAAAGUAUGUUAGUACCCUGAUACUAACAUAACAUAGCUGAUCUGUUUAGAUUUUAGUGUGUAUGUAAUGCUCAUCCUUUGCUUUCUGCACCUCCCUGCUGUCCCCUUCAGGUGAUGAUGGAGAAUGGCCGCUUGAAAGGAAUUGGCUUCAUUCAUUUUUCAUCUUCAAUGGAAGCCAUGGUGGCCAUUAAAGGAGUGAAUGGGAAAAUGUUGGGCAAGAAGCUGGUGCAUGUAGCUCUCUCUAAGAGCAGAGAGGAGUGUAAGCCUUACCUCGCCCAGGAAGUGCAGAGGGCGUUCAGCAAAAUUAUUGAAUGUGUCUAUUCUUAAUAAAUAAAGCACAUUUAGAGACAAUACUUUUGAAUGCAAUAUUAUGAUCUAGAAUAGUGCAAUGAUAAUACAGUUUUGCAAUAAAUUUAUAUACCAAG